GAACGAUAACAAAAAUAAUGCGAUGGGUAAUGCAUUUUCAAACACUCUUAUGUCAAGAUUAAAUAGAUAAUUGACACAUAAUGACACAAGGCCGACUAAUGUUCACCAAACGUUGAGAUUGCAGCUUCGCAGCUCAUCGUGCGCGAGUGGACACCAUAGCUGGAAACAUGGCAGCGCCUACAGAGUCGCAAUCGUCCACACGUAACCCCGCUACUAUGGAGGGUUUCUUGUUCCCUGGAAGAUCACCCGACGACACCACGAGUAAAGACCAGACCGCUGUCGGUGAACGGACAAAGAAACCGUGCAGAGCGUGUACAGACUUUAAAUCAUGGAUCAAAACUCAACAUAAACAGACGUCUGCAGUCUCUGUUCAGGAAACCAGAUCAGCAGAGACUGAAAGCCUAGUAGAAUGUCCUCUGGAUAGAGAAGAGUUGGGCAGGAGCUCAUGGUCCUUUCUUCACACUAUGGCGGCUUACUAUCCAGAUGCCCCAUCCACAGCACAUCAACAGGAGAUGAGCCAGUUCAUAAACCUCUUCUCAAAGUUCUUCCCUUGUGAGGAAUGUGCAGAAGACUUGAGAUCAAGAUUGAAAACCGAUCAGCCAGACACUAGCAACCGGCACAACUUUUCACAAUGGCUGUGUCGCCUACAUAAUGGCAUCAACGUCCGGUUAGGCAAGCCGGAGUUCGACUGCAGCCGGGUGGAUGAGCGAUGGAGAGAUGGCUGGAAGGAUGGCUCUUGUGAUUGACAGCCUCAUAUGCUUGAACACAAGCCUCAUUCAAUCACAUUUUUGUCUUUUGGUAAAAAUGGGUUACAGUGAAAGUGUGUGUAAAGAGUUCACCCAAAAAUUAGAAGUCUGUCAUUAUUUAAUCACCCUCAUGUGAUUUAAUAUUUGCAUGACUUUCUUUCUCCUGCAGAACACAAAAGAAGAUAAUCAAACAGUGCAAGUACCCAGUCACUUCUAUUGUACAAACACAAAACCAAUGCAAGUCAAUGGGUACCGCCGUUGUUUGGUUACCAACAAUCUUCAAAAUAUCUUCUUUAGUCUUCUGCAGGGAAAAGAAAGUCAUACAGGUUUUGGAAUUAUGAGAGUGUGAGUAAAUAAUGUCAGAAUUUUCAUUUUUUGGUGGACUAUCACUUUAAAAGAGUAUCGUAAUGGGAACAAAUGUCGGAAUUUGCUUUGGAACAAAAAUUGAUAAAAAUGUCUAUAGGAUAUUUUUAACUAAGCAUCACGUUUGUCUGCUAGAUUGUGCUUUUAAAACAGUUGAACUCUGUCAGUGAAUUGAAAAAGUGAGUCUCACUGGAGCCGAACUGUGUAAAAUGAUUUGUUUUAAAAAUAGUCUUUAUUUGUUUAGAGGUAUCAAUAAACUAUAUGUGCUAUGAAAUA